AUGGCGCUAUAUCUAUUUAUCUGGUAUAAUAUUUUUCGGUACUGCCUUUCUGUUUACAAUACUAAGCCACAACUACAACAAGCAUUAAGACAAAUUGUUAAUGUAGCCAUUGGCAAUAAAGCUCUACUAGUUUGUACAGUAUCAGGCUAUCCUCAGCCUAAUGUUACAUGGAGUAAAAAGAAUCCUAGUACCGAUAUAUUGACUACUAUCAGCAAUAAUAACACAAGUAAAUACCAAGUAGAUAGACUUCAAGGCUAUUUAACUAUUAAUGGUAUUCAGCAAGAAGAUCAAGGAAUCUAUGUCUGCAUAGCCGCUAAUAUAUAUGGUACCGCUAAUGGAACUUAUCAAGUUAUAGUACGACAUAAAGCCGAAAUUAUUAGCCCGCCAAAACAAACAAUUGUCGUUGUUAAUAAUUUCGCAACUUUAGCAUGUACAGCAAAGGGCGAUAAAACAGUUGUAAUUAAAUGGUGGAAGAAUAACACAGAAAUUAAUCAGUACCAGCAUUCGCGAAUAGUUAUUCGCAAUCGUGUUAUCAAUCAAGGUAAUGAUGGUAAAUUGUUCCAUAUCAAGAGCGAACUUGAAAUAAUGCCAGCAGUCGUUGAAGAUAACGGCAGUUAUACCUGCCAGGCUACUAAUGGGUAUGGUGUAGAUAACAGACAGGCUGGCCUCAUAGUUCAAACUAAGCCGUCGCCUCCAAGUAAUUUACAAUCCUUCAACGUAACCUCUACUAGUAUCAUAUUAAGAUGGUCUAAACCAUUAUAUUAUGGCCAUAGCGAUUUAACAGAAUACAAAAUUAUCAUGCGAAGUCAACUUGAAUCUGUAGAUUACUUUUCAUCGGCUUCUCCCGAUAAGUGGAAUACCACUAUCAAAUCAUUGUAUCCUGGCGUUCAGUAUAUCGUAACGAUGCAGGCUGUAAAUAGCAUUGGUACGAGUAAGCGAAGCCAAUCCAUCACUGUCAAUACUCUAGAAGCAGCGCCGAGUGAGCCGCCAAGCUCUCUUAAUCUAGAAUCGCUAAGCUCACAAAGUAUUCGUGUUAGUUGGGAGCCACCAGCUCUGAAAAAAAGAAAUGGUAUUCUGCACGGCUAUCGUAUUACUUAUCGAGCCGCCGGGGGUAUAGCUCAGCAUCUUAAUAUUACCGAUAAAGGAUUACGCAGUUAUGUUCUGGUUAAACUGAAGUCAUUGACCUACUAUAACGUUGCAAUACAAGCAUAUAAUUCAAAAGGAAUCUCUCCGAAAACAGUAGAAAAGCAAGUUCGUACCAAAGAAGGAGCUCCUACCAAGGCUCCAACUGAUCUAAGACUCAUUAAUCGUUCCAGCCAAGUACUAACGAUAACAUGGUCACCACCGCAACCUGAGCCUCAAAAUUAUACUCGAAUUAUUACAUAUCUGGUUAUUUACUUCCAGAUAGAUGGAGACAUCCGUGGAGAACUACGCCUUGCUGGUAAUCAAGUAGUAGCAGUUGUAUCUGGGUUACUGCCAUAUAAUAAAUAUCAAUUUAAAGUACUAGCUUUAACAAGUGGAGGUUCUGGCCCGUGGAGUCAACCUAUCACCUUUGAAACUGACGAAGCAGCUCCCAGCCCUCCAAUUUUAAAACUAGUAAAUACCCAUUCUCAGUUUAUUGAAGUGAAAUGGUCUGAACCUAGAGUUAUUCAAGGAAUCUUGCGUAGCUAUAAUAUCUGUUGGUAUUCUUACGCAAAAGAUCAUCAAUGUGUAUCUUUACUGUAUAUCAAUCAGAGGUAUACGAUUGGCAACUUGAAUCCAGAUCAAGUCUACUUUAUUUAUGUCAUCGCAUUUACUGAUGCUGGAAAUAGUGAUAAUAGUAAUAUUGUCGAAGUUCGAACUUUAGCUUUGGCACCACCUAUAAGUGGAGCUCGAAGAGCCCUACAGAUCCAGGAAAUUGUUGGAUUGAUAAUUGGCUCAAUUUUGAUCAUAAUAAUUCAAACAAGAUCAGCACCACUUGCAGAUACCGUUCGUGUUAAUGACUCCGCCAGAGAGGGUAUAAGAACGAUCCCAAAUUAUGAUUAUCAGUCCAUGGCAAGGCCCAGCGAUAGGGCAUGUAUGAGAGAUACGAGUCUUCAUCUGCCGCCCACUUCUGCAUCACCUACCCCAAAUCUUUCCAAUGGUGAUAAGUAUUCAGUUGUAUCACUUAAAACGACGUGUUCAAGCGAUUAUGAUGCUGGCUCUGAAGGAGUUCCCGAGCAGAAUAUUUCUUUGCAUCCACCGGAAAAGAAAUAUUAUAAGCGAACUUACAGGCCAACACUCCAUGAAGUUAAUGAACUCAGUCAGAGUGAUGAAGAAGCAAGUCCCAGCUUGUCUCCUUUCCCAACUACUAGCUAUCCAGAUUUAGUUACAAGAACGACCAUGAAUAAUCGUUACACUGACUGCAGUAGCCGUGGCCACAGUCCAUCCAAUGGAGUUUCUAGACAUUUCUAUGAGUCUAUUCCUCAAUCUUAUUUUUCUCCUCAACAAGAUGAUCAGCAAUCUAUUGGUUACGUAAGUGAUACCCGUUCUACUGUCAAUAAUUGUGGAAGUGAUAACGAAUCUAGAUUUGGUAUGCCUGAAUUAUUAAGUGCAUCUGAUUAUAGUCGUUUUCAUGUCGGUAAUGAGGGUCGACUGCCUGAGAAUACUCGUAUACUAUCACAAAAUGAACUAAGAUCAGCCACUAUUGCAUCAGCGAUCAAACUGUAA